AUGCUUCUAAGAUAUCAUCGUAAUCUUCGUUUAUCUUCAAUAUUUAUUGAUGAAAUCAUGAAAUUGAUGAAACGUUAUGUAAUUGUUAUAGGCGUUUUUUUUCUGUUUUAUCUUUUUGUAUCAAAUAAAAAUCGUCUUUUUCCUCGUCUCGUUUUUGGAGAAUUUCAUCUUCUAUCAGCUGAAUCUAAUCGUACAAUCAAUAUACGCCAAUCACAAUUGUAUCAACAUGAAAGUUCUAAUGGUGGAAUAAUAACACUAUAUGACGUAACACAAGACAAUGAAUGGGAUUUUCAAUGUCCAAAAACAAAAUAUAAUGAAGAAGAUAUUCAUGAUGUUAAAAUAUGUAUCUAUGAUCCUCAACAUGAUGAACAUGUCAGUGGACAAUUAAAUGAUCAUGGAAAAUGGGAGCCAGUUGUUGUAAGAAGUUUCCUUCGUUUAUUACGAACAUUACCAAACACGCAUGUUAUUGAUAUUGGUGCUAACCUAGGUUUAUAUACUCUAUUAGCUACUCAAUAUGAUCGUCAUGUUAUUGCUGUUGAACCUUUAUAUGAUUCUCUUAUUCGUUUACACAAAUCGAUUCAGCUAAAUGAUGUUCAACAUCAUGUGACACUUGUUGCCAACGCUAUUGGAAUAAAACAUGAACGUUUAUCAUUAAAUAUUGUUGAUAAAAAUUUAGGUGCUUCUUAUCUAUCAUAUCUUGAUGAAUUAGCACCGCCAGUAAAAAAAAUUGAAAAUAUUGUUGAUCAACAACAUGGCUUUCCUCCUCGUGUACUUGCUGAAGUUGAUACAAUAACGCUUGAUGAUUUAGUGUCAAUAUUUCCAAUUUUUUUUAAACGAGCUAUUUUGAAAAUUGACAUUGAAGGGUUUGAAGCGCUAGCGUUUAGUAAUGCAUCAUUACUAUUUAAUCGUACAGAAAUUCCAGCAAUUUAUAUGGAAUUUGGAAAAUUAAUUGAAAUGAAAUAUUAUCGUGGUAUGCAACAGAAAAUUGAAGAUAUGUUAACAUUUUUAAAAAAGAGAAAUUAUGAACCAUUUGAAGUUAAUGAUAUUAAUCAUAUUCUAUAUGAUAAUUGGGAAUCAUGGCCAUGGGAUGUUGCAUUUAGACGAUGCGACAUAUGUCGAUGUCCAGAAAUGGAAAAACUUGUUGGAUCUGCAGAAUAA